AUGGAGCCCAAUGACGCGGAGGAGACCCUCUCUCAAGCUUUGGAGUACCGAAACUCCCUGAGGCGCGAGCUCAACUUCGAUUGGAGCCAAGACGAGGAGGAAGAAGAAGGGCCGGGGCGCGGCUCUGGCGGCGGCGCCCUGGGCCGCGACGCGCAGGGGCCGGGGCGCGGCUCGGGCGGCGGCGCCCUGGGCCGCGACGCGCAGUGGCCGGGGCGCGGCUCCGGCGACGGCGUCCUGGGCAGCGACGCGCAGGGGCCGGGGCGCGGCUCGGGCGGCGGCGCCCUGGGCCGUGACGCGCAGGGGCCGGGGCGUGGCUCGGGCGGCGGCGCCCUGGGCCGCGACGCGCAGGGGCUGGGGCGCGGCUCAGGCGGCGGCGCCCUGGGCCGCGACGCACCGGGGCAGGGGCACGGCCGUGGCGCGCAGGGGCUGAGGCUGGGGCGCGCAGGGGCAGGGGCCACUGGCGACCCAGCUCGUGGACGUGGAAAGCGACCUGCGCAAUCGUCUUCAAGUGGUGCCGUGCGUCCUGUUCGUGGACGUGGUCGUCCUUGUACGUCUCAAGCAUACAGACCUCCACGAUCAACUUCGGUUGAUGUCGACCAUGGCUCACAGCCCAUCGACCAUGGCUCACAGCCCAUCGACGUCACCGAUGACAAUCUGCAUGACACCACACAGAAUAGCAUCAUGAAAGAAGUUUGUGACAAAGCAGAUUGGACUUUCGAGAAUACUAGAGUUUUUUGUGAAUUAUGCAUCCAAGAGAUCGAUGCUGGGAAUAGGGCAAAUGGCGUCAUGACCACCAGAGGAUACAACAACAUUGCUGAAAAGUAUAGGAUAGCGGUCGGUUUGCAUCAUUCAAAAGUUCAGUUGAAAAACAGAUUAGACUUUCUUAAGGGAUUGUAUAGCUUUUGGCUUCAAUUACUUAAAGAUACUGGACUUGGUUGGAAUGAAGCAUUAGGAACGGUGGUUGCAUCGGAGGACUACUGGAAUAAGGCAACAAAGGGCCAUCCAACAUGGAAACAAUUGAGGAGAGGUCCUCCAGAUCAUGAGGAUUUGUUACAAGAAAUGUUUGGAGGUAUUGUUGUGGAUGGCUCUAGUGCAUGUGCACCCGGUGAAGCGGUUGAAAGGAACGAAGAUGAAGGGCUUGCUGCUGGAGAUCAACAAGGAGAUGAUAGUGAUAUGUAUUCAACACCUCCUUCAACUGCCCAUGUUCCGAACAGAAGAAGCUCGCUGAAUCGUGCAAGUGGUAGUUCAGCGACUAGUCCAUUGAAGCAACCAAAGAACCAAAUGGUGAAAGUCAUGCAGAAAAUUCAUGCCACUUUGGAGAAUAAUUGUAAAAUUGCAAACAAGGUCAUGCUAGGUGAGCACUUGGAAGAAAAGAUCAAGGAAGUUCAAUCUAUGGCAGUUCGUUGUGGAGCAAGAGAAGGAUCAGCUGAACACUUCAUGGCAACGCAGCUAUUUAAGAAACCCGAGAAUCGAGCCACUUUUAAGGCAUUCGAAACCGAUGAAGGGAGGCUUCUUUGGUUGAAGAGACAUUGUGAUAAUGCUGGCUUUGUGUAG